CAAGGGACGUCAUAGCCGUCCGAUACAGAUACAUGACCAUCCUGAAGAUGAUUGCUUUUUACAGCCGUCCGAUACAUACGCCGCCACUCCUGACCGUGCCAGUGCCGCACACCGGCCACCGCGUUCCUCUCCAUCUCCCCAUUCUUGGCUUCUUGCUCACGAUUCUCCCGCGCCAAUACCUACUAGGGCUUCCCUCGGCCGGCUCUCAAGGACGAAGCGAGGGACGAAGCGAGAAGGUAACAAUCUUGAUUACCAUCCCCCACUUCGUUUACUUCUCGAAUCCAAUCGCAAUCUCGCGAUUUCUUGCCGAAAUCAUCACCCCCUUCUCGUCUUGGAUGCAACGCUUCCAAGCAAAACAACGAGAUUUAGUGAAGUAACCCCUGAUGAGAAGCGUGAUUUCUUGUGCCGGACGAUCUAUUUUGUGAAAUCGCGCUGCUUUCCGGGCUUUUGUGGACAUGGUGGACACGGACUUGAAGGGCGAUACGAUCAGCGAGCUUCCGGAUGCCGUCCUCCACCAAAUCUUGUCGUUUCUCUCGACGAGAGAGGCCGCGAGGACCAGCGUCCUGUCGACGCGGUGGCGGCCCCUGUGGUCUGCCGUCCCCUCUCUGCACUUCUACCAAGAGGAGUUCCCCCGGCGGGAAUCGUUGCUGGAGCUCGUGGAAGGGGCAUGGGCCGCCCGUGACGCCGACGUUACCAUAAGCACCUUCCGUCUCGUGGUGUCGGAGAACAUCGACCGUUGCUAUGUCCGCAGAUGGCUGGAGAACGCCGCAGAGAGGAACGUGGAGGAGGUCGAGAUCGAGGUGUCCGUCGGCAGUGGCGACGAUGGCAGCGGCAUCGUGCCGGACUACCUCCUCCGAUGCCAGUCGCUCCGCAGCCUGAAACUGGUGUUGCCGCUAUGGAAGGUGGUAUUUGACGACGGUGCCGUCGGUCCUGGCAGCCUGACGACCAUGCAUCUGAAGGGGAUCCAGUCUUGCAAGUCCUCCUUGGGCACGCUGAUCUCCAGCUGCCCGGUACUUCAGGAGCUGCGCUUGGAAGAUUGCUACUUUGACUUGCUGAAGAUUACUGCAAACGAGCUCAAGUGGCUGACGGUGUCUCGCUGCAUCUUCGACGCCUACAACGAGGUCGUGAUCUCAACUCCAAAGCUUCUAUCGUUCCACUACACUUCCGGGAAAGCACAGGGAUGCUUCAUUCGCGACAUGGCCAAUUUAGUCGAUGCAAGCAUCGUUCUUUUCAAUCUGAGUCUUCAGAAUUCAAGUGUUCGAGCAUGGAGUGUCAGUGAGAUCUUCAAGGGUCUUUCACAUGCAAGCUCCCUAACGAUUACAUAUCUGGGGAAUCAGCAGCUCUCUGUGGAGGAACACCUACAAUAUUUGCCUAUAUUUCUUAACCUCAAGUACCUCAGAUUAAACAUCUUGUUCUCCAGGGAGUGCAUGGAAGCCAUCGCCUACAUGCUGAAGCACAUGCCUGAUCUGGAGAUUUUGGUGGUACACAAUGAGCUGGUGUGGUACUCCAUAAUUGAAGAACACAUAUGGUGGACAUCAAAAGAGCUUACCGGUGGAAUGCUGAAUCGACUCAAGGAAAUCCAGCUAGGGAACUUUGGAUCGAGCAACCAUGAGACUGAGUUCAUUGAAUUUUUGGUGAAGAAUGGAAGGAUAGCACAAGAUCACGAUGGAUCAUCACUCCAUCAAAAGUAAUAGCCAGCUUAGUCCUGUUUCGAGCAAGCUGAUACACAUUGCCUGAUUAAUUAAACGUGGUUGGAUGAAUUUAGUCUUGUCAAUGUUUCUCAUCCUAUAUUUUCCAAAUUCGUGAAAACAGUGACUCCUUUUUCUCUUUUGGAGUAAAAGAGGAGAAAAUAACAGCUUACCGUGAGCUCUGCUGUUCUUGGCUAUCUCACAGUACAAGCAGCGCCGCCCGGGUCUCUACUGCAGCGAUGAAUUCUUGGAUGCUCCUGUCAUCUUCUCGUAGAGGGAGCUGUGAACAGGACGAGCUUUGUCGUUGCAGUGGGUGGAGUAAUGCCCUUGUGCGAGUUUGGAGUGACUUUUUGACAAGCGUGUGGAGUGGUAUGCUUUGUCUGUUUUCUAAAAAGUGAUCGAAGUAUUUGAACUUUAUAUUUA